AUGGCCAUGUGGCUUACGGCGGUGGUAGUUGCGGCAUAUGGUGAAGCAGUGGCGGCGUACGAUUGUCUUGUGGCUUAUGGUGUUCAUGUGACUGCUGAUUCUUCUCCUCUAUCUUCACUUCUUGUUGUGGCAGCUUUAAGAGCUUUUAAUCGCGAAAAUCUUGGCCGGAGGAAGAAAAGGGCUUGGGAAGGACACUCUCACCCUUUUUACAAGGUUGAUUUGAUGGAUAAGAGUUGGAUAGAUUUAUGUGAUUCAAAAUCAGCUGAGUAUGUCUCUGGAGUUAAUAGCUUCUUGGAAUUUGCAUUUAGGGACAAAUCUUCUGAUUCACAAAUUGUGUGCCCUUGUAACGUGUGUGAUAAUCGAUAUUUUAAAAACAGAAGUGAGGUUUCAGAGCAUUGUUUUUUUAAUGGUUUUCUUAAAGGGUAUAAGAAUUGGACAUACCAUGGAGAACCUUAUGUAUGUCAGCGAAGAGGGGAUACUUCACAUAGUGGGAAUGAAAAUGUUAGGGAUGAUAUGGUUGGAAUGCUUCAUGAAGCAAUGGGAAUUCCUAACGUCCAUAGAAAUAUAGACAAUGAUUCUCAAUCAUCACCUGAGAAUAUUGAACAGAAUGUUGAUGAUGCAACUAAAAGAUUUUUUGAAUUAUUGAAAGAUGCAGAGUCUGAACUGUAUCCUGGAUGUGUUAAGUUCACAAAAUUAUCAUUUAUUGUUCGUUUGUUACUUUUGAAGGUAACGAACGGGUGGACUGAUACUUCCAUUGACAUGCUUCUUCAACUUUUGAAAGAGGUAUUCCCAGAGGCAAAAAUUCCCACCUCAUUCUAUGAAGCCCAAAAGCUGAAUGAUGAUUUGGGUUUCACUUGUGAAACAAUUGAUGCUUGCCCUAAUAAUUGUAUGUUGUUUAGAGGAAAUGACAAAGGUCUUACUAGUUGUGAGAUUUGUGGGGCGACUAGAUAUAAAGAAGGGGGGAAUAAAAUAGCCGCGCAGCAAAUGCGAUACUUUCCACUAAAACCGCGGCUAAAAAAACUAUUCAUGUCUUCAAAGACAGCUUCUGAAAUGAAAUGGCAUGCGAAAGAACGGGUGGAUGACGGAGUUUUUAGGCAUCCUGCUGACUCCCUUGCAUGGAAACAGUUUGAUGUUAAAUGGCCUGAAUUUGCAAGUGAUAGUCGCAAUGUUAGACUUGGACUUGCAUCAGAUGGGUUCAACCCUUUCAGAACGAUGAACAUCGCUCAUAGCACGUGGCCUGUUGUGAUUGUCGUAUAUAACUUACCGCCAUGGCUGUGCAUGACUCAAUCUUCCUUCAUUCUAUCUAUCCUAGUUGAUGGGCCCAAAAGUCCAGGAAACAAGAUAGAUGUUUACAUGCAACCAUUAAUUGAUGAUUUGAAGGAACUAUGGUCCACGGGUGUACCAACUUAUGAUGCAUCCACCAAUGAAAUGUUUGAAUUGCGUGCGACACUUUUAUGGACCAUUAGUGAUUUUCCUGCCUAUGCAAUGCUAUCUGGUUGGAGCACUAAGGGAGAGUUUGCUUGUCCAUGUUGUGCUAAUGCAACUAAGUCAACAUGGUUGAAGCAUGGCAGAAAAUUUUCUUAUGCAUAUCAUCGACGUUUCUUGCCUAUUGGCCAUAGAUUACGUCGAGAUAAAGUGUCGUUCAAUGGAAAAAUAGAAUUGGAUUCUAAGCCUUCAACAUUAUCUGGAGUUGAUUCUUUAAGGCAGUUAGAUUCAUAUGACAUCUUGACUGAGUACAAAAAAGAGGAUUUGAAGAAAAGAAGAAGGGAUGAUUAUGAGAGACAAAGCUCAAGGAUUCCAAAGGAACACAAUUGGAAAAAGAAGAGCAUAUUUUUUGAGUUAGAAUAUUGGCAGCACAAUUUAGGCCGACACAAUAUUGAUGUGAUGCACACUGAGAGAAAUAAUUUUGAUAACUUGCUUUUUACAUGCAUGAGUACUCCUGGCAAAACAAAGGAUAAUUUGAAUGCUCGACGCGAUCUCAAAGAUAUGGGAGUUAGGGGUCCAUUACACCCCCAAGAAUCAAGUGGUUCCACUAAGAUUAUUUUGCAACCUGGUUCUUUUGCAAUGAGUAGAAAAGAUAAAGAGAUAUUUUGUAAGGUCCUAAAAAAUUUGAAGGUUCCUGACGGAUAUGCAUCUAAUAUAUCAAGGCGUGUAAAUUUGAAUGAUCGGAGUAUAUGGGGUCUCAAAAGUCAUGACUGUCACAUAUUUAUGCAACAACUACUCCCAAUUGCUAUACGACGAGUAUUGCCCAAAAAUAUUGUACAAGUAGUGAUUGAAUUAUCCAAUUUUUUUAGGCAAUUAUGUUCGAAAGUGAACACAAGAGCUCAAUUGGAAGACAUUCAAGAACGCAUUGCACUUACGCUUUGCAAUCUUGAGAGGAUUUUUCCUCCAUCUUUCUUCGAUAUAAUGGAACAUUUACCCAUUCAUUUGGCUGAAGAGGCUUUAAUAUGUGGAGCUGUGCAUUUUAGGUGGAUGUAUCCAAUUGAAAGAAUGCACAUGUCAUUACUUGCGGGGCAAUAUCCACGUGCGGGAAGGAACCAUAUCCAACGGAUUCACAAUGAAACAUUCCACGAGUGGUUUAAGAACCAUAUACGUGAUUUGCAACGUAAUUCCACUACACAAAUCUCUGAUGUGGUUAAAAAGUUGGCGUGUGGUCCUGACAAGUGGGCUCGUAGCUUCAAUGUUUGCAUUGUGAAUGGUUUCAGAUUUCGAACAAAGAGCUAUGAAGAGUCUAAGGCAACUCAAAAUAGUGGAGUUAUGCUUAGAGCUAGCACUUUAAGCUUUGCUAGUGCAAGAGAUAGAACUCCACAUGAGGGACAAGUUAUAUAUUAUGGGGUUCUAACACAUAUCAUUAAAGUUAGAUAUACGAAUGAUCUUCAGUACACUCUAUUCAAGUGUGAUUGGAUUGAUAAUGAGAGAGGAAAAAUGGAAGAUGAAUUCAAGUUCACACUGGUGAACUUUAGCCGCUUGAUGUAUGGUGGUAAUAAUAUUAGGGAUGAACCAUUCAUUUUAUCUAGCCAAGCAGAACAAUGUUGGUAUGUGGCUGAUCCGAUUGAUUCAAAUUGGAAUGUUGUAAUGAGAAUGUCACUUAGAGAUAAUUUUGACAUUUACUCAAGAUUCCAUGAUACUGAUGGUUAUUUUCCACAACCCCUUGAUGAUCGCCCAAUUGCUCGUGAGCAAGAUGCCACUUGGGUGAGACAAGGGGUGGAGGCUAUUGCUGUUGACACAAUGUUGAACUUGAAUGAAACUGAAAGACAAAUGAAUGAAAAUGAAGAUGCUUGA